AUGAGUGGGACAGGGGAGGAGGAGGAUGGAGGCAGGAGUCCACGUUCCAAGAGUCCAGCUAUGGGCGUGUCCGGUCUGCUCAGGGAACAGCAGAAGGAUGACCCGUCGUCACCCUGUCCCAGUGACCGUCUUAGCGUGACCUGGGCAGAUGGAGAGAGGUCGGUGUCUAGUGACGCUGUGUCUCUGGUGCCCCGAGGCCCUCUGUCCCCAGACCAGCCCUCCAUCAACACCCUCAUCCCUGCCUGCGGGAGUCUGCUAGAGGAACCUGCGGAGGAUGACUUUAAUGCCAGCGUGUCGGCCAUCCUGAAGAGGUCCAAUUCUAAGGGUUCCAGACGCGGCUCUAAGAAGAGGAAGAAAAUGAGGAGGACCUCUACCAUGACCACCAGUUCUGGAGAAAUACCAAUGUAUCAUUGGAAGUGUUAUAUAGGCAGCCAGUGCAGUAACAGAGGUGUGGUGGCCAGAACGGUGGUGGAGAUGGAGGAGUCGACGGCGGACGAAGUGGCCGAGACGCUGAGGAUUCACAAGGAGGUUCUCGCCGGCGUCAACCAGCAGCCGUGGCCCAUUGCCAGGAAGCUGAGGCUGGCGAGGACGGCACAGGAGUACAUCAAACGUCACGAGGGGGAGCUGGAGGAGCGCCUUGCCCACAGCUCCAGUACCAAGGACGUCCUCCUCCGAUACUUCAUCCUCGUCAGGAGGCUGGUGCGGGCUGGAGUACAAGCGGUGUAUCAGUGGGUGACGGGGCUGGAGCCAUGGCAGGGACGCAUCAAGACGAUAGAGUCACACUUCGGGUCGGCUGUGGCCUCGUACUUCACCUUCUUGCGCUGGGUGCUGGGCCUCAACAUCGCCCUCACCGCUCUCCUCGCUGCUUUCGUCAUCAUCCCUGAGUUCCUGGCAGCUGAUCGCUCAGGUGUUGGGGAGCGUAAGGCCAUCCUAGCGGAGGACCGAAUUAGCGCUUAUGACUUCAAGGUGAUGUGGGACUUUGAGGGGAUCCUGCGGUUUUCUCCCAUAUUUUAUGGCUACUACAGCAAGACCCCCACCACCAGGGAGGGCUACAGGCUCCCCCUCGCAUAUUUCCUCACAUCUUUGGCCGUUUACGCCUACAGCUUCAUCGCCAUACUGAGGAAAAUGGCAGCCAACUCGCGGAUGUCGAAGUUGGCAGAAGACGAGGAAUGCACCUUCAGUUGGCGUCUUUUAGCAGGUUGGGAUUUUACUAUUGGCAACUUGGAGGCGGCACAGAAUAAGGUGGCAGCCAUUAACACAGGCUUCAGAGAGGCGCUGCUUGAGGCCAAGGAGUCAGAGAAGGAGGAGAAGAGUUGGAAACUGCGGGCUCGUCGCAUGUUGGCUCACCUGAUAGUGUUGCUGCUGAUCAUUGGCAGCGCCUACGCCGUGGUGCUGCUGGUGAGGCGCUCAGAGGGCGUGGACGCUUCCUCUUCUUGGUACCGCCAGAAUGAGCUCACCAUCAUCCUCACCCUCAUCUCCAUGAUCUAUCCCAACCUCUUUGACCUUGUAGGUCUGCUGGAGGUGCGACAUCCGAGGAACCAGCUCCAGUGGCAGCUAGCUCGCAUCAUGGCCCUCAACCUCCUCAACCUCUACACACUCAUCUUUGCUCUCUUCUCCAAGGUCGACGACAUGACGUGUGAACUGGGGGAACUAAAGACUAACCUUACGGAAACUUUUGGGGUGACGACGACGAUGGAUCUGACCUCCUUCACCACCACUCCGUUCUUCAUCAACAACACGAACUCAUCUUGGUCCCCCUACAACGACACUGAUCCCUCAACCCUGUCUGAUCUGCUGACUACAGUCUCCCUCUCCUUGCCAACUGUGUCUCCUGAUCCGGCUACCCUGGCGACGACAGAGGGUCAUGACUUUAAUUUCAAUUUCAGUUCCUCCUUGGGCACGACUCUCCUGACAGCUGCCACUAUUCUCAAGGGAAUACCGCUGGUGAAGACUGACCCGAGGCUGUCAUCUCUCCCACCUGGCUGUCGCCUAGUCUUGGCUCCCUGCCCCGUGACGACAGCCGUCCCAGCUGACAUGACACCCAAUAUUGUGACCCCUAUGUCAACGACAAGCGAUUAUUAUGACUUGCUUAAAGCAUCAGUUGACAGGGUAGCGGAAGAUUUGUCACCUUACGAUGAAACAGCUUAUGUUUAUGAUGAUGACAACGUGACCACGCCCAAAAGUCGCAUAGCAUAUACGCCUGCCUCUGACAGUGUCACCUUGACGGACUCACCGACCGGUAUAAACGUUAACAAUACUUUAAGUAACGUGACCUAUCUUAAAGGUGAGGUCCUCGAGUCAAAUGACUCCUAUUCAAUGAACAACUCAAUGUCAGGGGAGGACUCUUCAACCUUCAAGAUUAUUACAGAAAAUGUUAACAGAAAAGAGACAACAGAAUUUACUUCAUUAACAACUUAUGGUACGAGAGAGUCAACAUCAGCAACAGAAGUGACUACAAGCGAAUUCUUAGAUGAAACGGAAUUGUCUGACUCUGGUGAUGGAGUAACUAUUUCCUCAAUCAGUUCCCCGGCCAUUCCAUUUUCACUCAAGUUACAAGUCGGCCGAGAGACCAGCAGUGUGGAUCAAAACAUUGGAGAUAAGGAGCGUGUAAAGCGAGUCAUCAACGAUAAUGAUUAUGCAGACUUGGGGAUGGAAAUUCCUGACUCACCAAAGUUUGGACUCGAAAUUAACUUGGAACCAAACUUAGAGGCGAAAAAUUUUACUCGUGAUGCAGUUAACAAAACUUCAAGCAAUUAUAUGAACAAUUUUGACAGCGGGGAAGCCAAAAGGUACAAUUUCACUACACCUGAUGUAUAUCACCACUUGUCUACACGGGAUCAAGACAGCUACUGGAACAGAAUACUAAGUAACUUACUCAGUACAGAGGGCAGCAAUACACCAGAAUCUCUAGCGAGUGAAGAUGUAGAGCGAGGGACACAGUCAACAACGAAAUACGAGUCUUGGAGAGAAACUACUGCUACGCUUGAGGGUGAGGACGUGGUGUCCGUGACCGAGGGACCUGACCAGGCAGUGGAUGAAGAUCAUGAAUGUUACAUAUCCGUGUGUGAUGAACCCACUGAAGACACACACUCAACCUCCAUGGCCACGUCACCAUCACCAUCAUCAUCGGUCACUUCGCCGCCGCCUACGUUAUCAACCACGUCUUCAACAUCCACCGAAGCUCCUACCACAACAAUCACGUCCACCGAGUUAGUUUCCUCAACAAUUGUUGUCACCGAGACUCCUCUAUAUCCCCCGUUAACGACACCUGAGCCUCCCUCCUUCCUGGUGCAGCCCAUGAAAAACAACCCGGAGAAGUGGGUGCCUCUGAUGCCCAGCAGACAGCGACAACGUCUGAGGAAGCUGUGUUGGGAGACCAUGUUUGGCCAGGAGAUCAUCAAGCUCACCGUCAUGGAUAUGGUGGUAACGGUGGUGACCAUAGUGAUCGGAGACUACAUCCGGGCGGUGGUGGUGCGGCUGUUCAACGGUUGCUGCUGCUGGGAUCUGGAGAAGCAGUUUCCAGGUUACCCUGACUUCAAGAUAGCUGAGAACAUCCUUCAUCUUGUCAAUAAUCAAGGGAUGAUCUGGAUGGGAAUGUUCUUCUCUCCCGGGCUGCCAGCACUCAACACCAUCAAGCUGGUGGUGCUGCUGUAUGUCCGUUCCUGGGCCGUCGUCACCUCCAACGUGCCCCCAGAGACCGUCUUUAAGGCCUCCAACAACAACAACUUCUACCUUCUGUUCCUCCUCACCAUGUUGUUCCUCUGCACCCUCCCUGUUGGGUACGCGGCGGUGUGGUUGGAGCCGUCGUGGCACUGUGGACCAUUCAGCGACUACCCGAGAAUCUACCAGCUGGCGACUUCUACACUGAUCGGUGGACUGCCAAGCUCACUGUACCCCGUGAUUGACUACAUCUCCUCCCCGGGCGUGGUCAUCCCGGCCGGCAUGCUCCUCGUCCUCAUCAUCUACUACCUCCUCUCUCUCACAGCAGCUCUCAGGGAGGCCAACAGUGACCUCAGGGACCAACUUCGUCAGGAGAGAUCAGCAGAGAAACGCAAGGUCUUGGACGCUCGCUCCGGCAAGGGUCGCCCAGAGACUCCAACUACCAGGUGGAGCCGGGUGGUGCCCCUCACACCCAUGCCCCGGCCACGUCUGGAUGCCACCAGUGACCCUGAGAAACCCAUCAAUAAAAAGUCCGCAACUGCUAUAUCUCCGGAGGGUGACAAUGGCCAGGUGGUGCCUCUCUGUGAUCCACCUCGUGACAAGGACGACGGACCCUGGCCAGAUGAUGUCACCGAUCUGGGACAUUCUGAGGUGUUUGACGACUCCUUGUCAGAGCCACGAAGGACAGGGAAGGACACACCAAACACUGACAAAGUAGAUGUAGGAAUGGCUGGACAAGAGAGCAAGAAAUAUGAGAAAAAUAGAGGAAAGGAAGUAGAAAAGGAGAAAGGAAAAGAAUCUGCCCCAAGGAGUCCAUAUUCAAGGCCUAAGAAUAGACACAAUAAUUACUCUCAGUUAAAUAACGAUGACGAUGAAAUAAAUCUCUCAAGAGCACAGAGAGGAAGGCACAGAACUUCCGGCAGUCUGCAUAAAACGAACAGAAUGUCACAAGAGCGGAAACAGUCCGACGAAAAUGGUCGCAGGGAUUCACCAACCAAAACUAAGCCCGGUCAUAGACAGAGUAUUGAUUCACCAAAAGAAAGAAGGAGAAAAGGAUCUGGACCCCAGUCAAGUAAACUGAAGAGUAAGAUGCCGGAGGAAUGUGUUCAGGAACUACACGAGGUUCUACAGCAGAAGGAAGCCAAACAAGGAAAAUCUCCAAAAGUUGUGAGUGAGUCAGAACUACAGAAAGUCACAGAACCUGAGACACCUACAAAAGUUGCAUCACAAGCUCGUCACCGUCGUGAGCCCUCCAUCAUGAAGAUGGAAGACAUCCGCAGGAACUCUCAAAGUAAGAAUAAUCAGCAGAAGAUGGGUGCACAACCAGGCCAUCACCGCAGCAGUUCGGAAGAUUCUCAGAGUAUGCAAACCAUACCAGUGAUCAAGAUCAGCAAGGAGGACAGUGUGGAAAGAUCCCUGCAGCAAGCUAAACUGGAGAGGCAGGAGAAGACAUUGGAGGAAGACCUGGACACUGCCAGUGAUCAGCAGUCACUGAGCAACACAGAUACUGCGUCCCUCCCGCCAGAGAAAAAGAAAGAUGAUUCGAUAGAAAAUAAAAAUGUGGGGAAGGACCAUGCAAGUAAAGGAAGUCCUUCCAAGCAUAAACCUGCACCAACUGAGACAGACUUGGAUGAUCCUUACAUCCUGGAGUGUGGUGAUACAGCGGCCCUCCUAGGGGAAUAUAAGAAGGACAAGGACGAGGGUAAACAGGAGGAAUCAGAUGAACCUCCUGGGACUCUCACUUCAGAUGAAGAAACGACACUUUUAGAUGAUUAGUGAUGACGUUAACAGUCAAGAGUUUGUGCUGUUAAGCCCUUAUUGUACUGUAUU